AGGAAUUGGUUGAUUUUCAUUAGAUCCGAAAUACAGAUAUACAAAAUGGGCAGGAUUGGUAGCUCCGACUUGGUCUGCCUGCUUGGCAUCUGUAUAGGAAACACCGCCGCCGCCACCACCACCCAUCAUUGCGGCCAUCAUACCAGUCUCGUCCGUGAUCAUCAUCUUUGUCUGCAUCGAGCGGCCCAAGACGUCCUUGUACAUGGGCGACGACUCGGGAUUCUGGGGCUUCACCUUGGCGGCCAAGAUCUGGAAAGUACGGAUCACAAAGUCCCACACAAAGUACACCAUGUUCUUACUGUUUGCGGGCGUGUUGAAGGUCUGGUUGAGGUUUGGCUGCAUGGCCGGGUGCUCGAUGAGCAGCUUGCAUAACUGCUGGUGGACGUUGAACAGGUGCUUGUAUUGCGGGUGGGCGUCCUCGGCGUGACGGAACCGUAGGAAGAAGUCUGUAAAGUCGACGCGGGCGGUGGUGUUGACGUCUGGCGAGAGGAAUUGUUGGGUUGCGUCCGGGAUGGGAAUUUCCGUGGGCCACUUCGGGUCAGGUGCCAUCUUGGAGAUAGUUAAGUACUCGUAGUAAUUAUAUUACUUGAGUGCUGAGUUUCUUGAUAGUAACUGAGUUGUAUAUACUUGUAUCGGAUGAAAGUGAAGAUGUU